UGUCCACGGUGGCAAAGUUUUGAUCAGAAGGAAAAGAUUCCCAUAGAAAUCUUACAACAAGACUUGAUUCCUCUGCCUUUGAACCAAAAUCUUCCCUGAAAACAAGAUGUAUAAGGUUAUUAUUCUCAUUGGAGGUCCCAUGAAAGGGACGCGAUUUCGUCCUCUUUCUUUGGAGCUUCCAAAGCCGUUGUUCCCAGUUGGAGGAUUUCCUAUCAUACAUCACCACAUCGAAGCUUGUAAACAGAUCCCAGACUUAAGAGAAGUGAUUUUGAUAGGUUUCUAUCAAUCCAGUGAGCCACUAUCCAAGUUUAUUGCAUCGGCACAGCAGGAGUUUGGAAUAAUAAUAAGAUACCUUCAAGAAUAUCAACCACUGGGUACCGUUGGCGGCAUCUAUCAUUUUCGUGACCAGAUAUCAUUUGGGAAUCCAGAGGGACUGGUAGUGAUCAAUGCUGACAUUAGUUGUGACUUUCCAUUCAAAGAACUCCUAAAAUUCUACAAGCAACAUCCAGGGAAGCAUGCUAUUAUGGCAACAGAGGCAAACAGAAAGCAGGCUCAAAACUAUGGAUGUCUUGUAGAAAAAGAAGAUUGUCAUGAGGUAGUCCACUAUGUUGAAAAACCUGAAACUUUUGUCAGUAAUCUGAUCAACUGUGGAGUAUAUGUCUUUUCACCAACUGAAUUCUUCAAAACCAUGAGUGAAUUGAUGAAGCAAAAGUUUGAGAAUGCAAGGAGUGAUAACUAUCAAUCAGGUCCUGAGGUUCUACGAAUGGGUGAAGACUUAAUGACAUACUUGGCCAACACUGGAGAACUGUUUGUAUACAAGACAAAUAACUUUUGGACAACAAUCAAAAGUGCUGGGUCGGCUAUAUAUGCAAACAGAAACUUCCUGGACUUGUACCAUAGGUCCCAUCCAGAAAGACUUGCCAAAAAUGGCUAUGGAAAACCAACUUUUAUUGGUGAUGUUUAUGUGCACCCAAGCGCUGCUGUAGACACUUCUGCAGUCCUUGGUCCAAACGUGUCAGUUGGAAGUGGAGUYGUCAUAGGACCCGGUGCAAGAAUCAGAGAAUCUAUCAUACUCGAUGGAGCUGAACUUAAAGAUCAUUGUUGUGUUUUAUAUUCGAUCAUUGGUUGGAACUGUACCGUGGGCCAGUGGUCAAGGGUCGAAGGUCAUCGAUGCGAUCCCAACCCCAAUGAUCAAUUCGCAAGACCUGAUGGGGAAUCACUAUUCGGUAUUGAUGGAAAGCUAACGCCUUCAGUAACCAUAUUAGGUCGCAAUGUGUCCAUAGGCCCAGAACUCGUCGUGUUAAACUCUAUCGUUCUGCCUCACAAAGAACUCAACCAAUGCUACAAAAACGAAAUCAUCCUCUAAACCUAGCUAGUUAGAAUUAAUUACGCACAAUCUCUCGCGGCCUUAAUCAUAAAUGUAAAUAUCAUUUUUGGCAUGAUUUGUCGGCCAAAAUAGCAAACAGGGGUCGCCUGAGGCUCGACCUGUUUCAAGCUGAAACAAUUCACAAUUUGAAAGUGAGAGAAAGAAAAGUAUACCUUUUUAAUGAAUAUUUCUGUGACCUCUAAAGCUUUUAGAUACCUAGGUCAUGACUUCUUUCACCACAAAAAAAAUGUGCAACUGAAGUUGUCUUGGUCGCAGAAAUUCUGAAAAGCGUAUGAAAUUACAGUAAUAGAAUAGGAAAAAAAAUACGGGGUAGAAGAGGAAGUAUUAAUUAUAGACGCUUUCAUCAUGAUGUGCUAAGCAGUAUGGGAUUUCUAAUCAAUGCCAAAGGCGCCAAUUUUUUGUAAGAUAUCCCAUGAUGCACUUGAGUUUAAAGUUGUGACGUAUUUCCGGUCCAAAGUUUUUUGAUCUGAAGCUUUCAGGUUUUUCUUUGUUACUUUGAAAAUAUUAGCAGAAUGAAUUUGGGAUCCGAAAGGUAUUAUGACAUGGGAAAAUGCAUGCUUGCCGCACAUUACUAGUCUGUUUCUUGUAUUAAUUCAGGGGACUUAAAAUAAUUUUUAUCGUUGUUUUUACUUUUGACUCGCAGUCACUAGGUAUCUUACCUUUUUUCGAAUGAAUGACGAAUAGGACAUUAUAAAAAUGGUUCAAAUAAAUAAUAUUUUUUCUGAAAAUAUUA